ACUCGCACUUCCCCGUGACUCCACCCCCCCCUCUCUCUCUCUCUCUCUUCUCUCUCUCUCGUUUCCUCUUCCUUUUUUAGAGAGAGAGAGAAGGAGAGCUCUCUUCGUAAAUGGAGGAGUCGACGACGAUGAUGGUGUCUUCGUCUCCGUCCUCGUUCUCUUCUUCUUCUUCGUCUCAUUAGGGUUUCGGUUCCUCGGUUUUCCUAGGGCUUCUGCGCGGAUCUACCAGGGUUUCGCUUCGUCCGCGAUCGUGUCUCUGAGGCGGUGAGGCGAUCGAGAUGGCGAGCAACAAGAGCACCGGCCUCGAGGACAUCAAAAACGAGACCGUUGAUCUGGAGCGUAUCCCAAUCGACGAAGUGUUUGAGCAGCUGAAAUGUACGAGGGAAGGUCUCAGCUCGGAGGAGGGAGCCAAUCGGCUCCAACUCUUCGGUCCCAACAAGCUCGAAGAGAAAAAGGAGAGCAAGGUCCUCAAGUUCCUGGGCUUCAUGUGGAACCCGCUCUCGUGGGUCAUGGAGAUGGCCGCCAUCAUGGCCAUCGCCUUGGCCAACGGCGACGGCAAGCCCCCCGACUGGCAAGACUUUGUCGGCAUCGUCGUUCUCCUCCUCAUCAACUCCACCAUCUCCUUCAUCGAGGAGAACAACGCCGGCAAUGCCGCCGCCGCCCUCAUGGCCGGCCUCGCUCCCAAAACGAGAGUGCUGAGAGAUGGCCGCUGGACCGAGCAGGAUGCUGCGAUCCUCGUCCCGGGAGACAUCAUAAGCAUAAAGCUCGGGGACAUCGUCCCGGCCGAUGCUCGGCUUCUUGAAGGAGACCCAUUAAAAAUCGACCAAUCUGCUCUGACCGGAGAGUCGCUCCCUGUUACGAAGAAUCCCGGCGAUGAGGUCUUCUCCGGUUCCACUUGUAAACAGGGUGAGAUCGAGGCCGUCGUCAUCGCGACCGGCGUCCAUACCUUCUUUGGCAAGGCGGCCCACCUUGUCGACAGCACCAACCAGGUGGGCCACUUCCAGAAGGUCCUCACCGCCAUCGGAAACUUCUGCAUCUGCUCCAUCGCGGUGGGCAUCGUUGUCGAGAUCAUCGUCAUGUACCCGAUCCAGCACAGGAAGUACCGCGAUGGGAUUGACAAUCUCUUGGUACUCUUGAUCGGAGGGAUUCCGAUCGCCAUGCCGACUGUCCUGUCGGUGACUAUGGCGAUCGGGUCCCACAGGCUGGCCCAGCAGGGCGCAAUUACCAAGAGGAUGACAGCUAUAGAGGAGAUGGCCGGGAUGGACGUUCUUUGCAGCGAUAAGACCGGGACAUUGACGCUUAACAAGCUGAGUGUGGAUAAGAACUUGAUCGAGGUUUUCGCAAAAGGCGUGGAUAAGGAGUAUGUGAUCUUGCUGGCCGCUAGAGCGUCGAGAACGGAGAAUCAGGAUGCCAUCGAUGCUGCAAUAGUUGGAAUGCUCGCAGACCCAAAAGAGGCAAGAGCUGGAAUUAGAGAGGUACAUUUUCUGCCAUUCAACCCUGUUGACAAAAGAACAGCUCUUACCUACAUUGACGCCGAUGGCACCUGGCAUCGUGUGAGCAAAGGCGCACCUGAGCAGAUUCUGAACCUCUGUAACUGCAAAGAAGAUGUAAGGCAUAAGGUUCACUCCGUGAUUGAUAAGUUCGCCGAACGUGGACUUCGUUCAUUAGCUGUUGCUAGACAGGUAGUUCCAGAGAAGAACAAGGAUAGUCCUGGAGGGCCGUGGCAAUUUGUUGGCCUGUUGCCUCUGUUCGAUCCCCCAAGGCAUGACAGUGCAGAAACAAUCCGAAGGGCGCUCAAUCUUGGCGUCAAUGUUAAGAUGAUUACUGGUGAUCAGUUGGCUAUUGCCAAGGAGACUGGCCGAAGGCUUGGUAUGGGGACCAACAUGUACCCAGCAUCCUCCUUGCUUGGUCAGCACAAGGAUGCAUCUAUUGCCGUUCUUCCUGUGGAUGAAUUAAUUGAGAAGGCUGAUGGGUUUGCAGGAGUAUUCCCAGAACACAAGUUUGAAAUUGUGAAGAGGUUGCAGGAGAGGAAGCACAUCUGCGGAAUGACGGGAGACGGAGUGAACGAUGCACCUGCUCUGAAGAAGGCUGAUAUUGGAAUUGCUGUUGCAGAUGCCACAGAUGCGGCGAGAAGUGCUUCCGAUAUUGUCCUUACUGAACCAGGGCUUAGUGUUAUCAUAAGUGCUGUUCUUACCAGCAGAGCCAUUUUCCAGAGGAUGAAGAACUACACGAUUUAUGCUGUCUCCAUCACCAUCCGUAUUGUUCUUGGUUUCAUGCUUAUUGCGCUGAUAUGGAAGUUUGAUUUCUCGCCCUUCAUGGUUUUGAUCAUUGCCAUUUUAAAUGAUGGUACUAUCAUGACAAUCUCAAAGGAUCGGGUGAAGCCAUCGCCGAUGCCCGACAGCUGGAAACUGAAGGAGAUUUUUGUUACCGGCGUUGUAUUUGGUAGUUACUUGGCACUUAUGACCGUAGUCUUCUUCUGGGCCAUGAUAGAUACUAACUUCUUCUCGGAUAAGUUUAAUGUUCGAUCGCUGAGGCAUAGUGAGGACGAAAUGAUGGCUGCUUUGUACCUUCAAGUUAGUAUCAUUAGCCAGGCUCUUAUAUUCGUCACUCGAUCCCGCAGCUGGUGCUUUGUUGAACGCCCAGGACUUUUGCUGAUCAGUGCAUUUAUCAUUGCUCAGCUUGUCGCAACUGUCAUAGCCGUGUAUGCGGACUGGGGCUUCGCUCGGAUCAAAGGUAUCGGGUGGGGAUGGGCCGGGGUCAUCUGGCUAUACAGCAUAGCCUCCUUCAUGCCUCUCGACUGGUUCAAAUUCGCCAUCCGCUACGCCCUCAGUGGAAAGGCCUGGGAUAAUCUCUUGGAGAAUAAGACGGCCUUCACUACAAAGAAGGAUUACGGCAGGGAAGAAAGGGAAGCCCAGUGGGCCCUUCACGGUCUCCAACCACCUGAAACUGCAAAUAUCUUCCCCGACAAGGGCGGCUACAGAGAGCUCUCGGAGAUCGCAGAGCAAGCCAAAAGGCGCGCGGAGGUCGCAAGGCUCCGCGAGCUGCACACUUUGAAGGGCCAUGUGGAAUCAGUGGUGAAGCUCAAGGGGCUCGACAUCGAUACCAUCCAACAACACUACACGGUGUAACGCCCACUCUAUUUACCGAACCGCCGAAAACGAAAUAUUGGUGGCUUAAGAGAAGACCUUUCUGCUUUUUAACCCUUUUCUCUUUUCUACUUAUUAGUGUAGCGUCUUCCUAGCCUCUGCUUUCACGCCUUAAAAAGGUUUUCGUUGCAUGUGUUUUCCUACAAGCUUCUUCGUUCCUUCAAUUGAGCUGUGGAAACAGCCGUAUUAAUUAGUCUCUCUCCUCUUUAAAAAAUAUGUGCGGGUGUUGUAGAUUGAAUAAGGGGAUGCUUUUUCCCAAAUAUUGUAAUCGGAAGUAACCUCUGCUAUAUAUAUAACGAUGUCUCUUACCAAGUUAUAUUACUUUACGUCAUUUUCUUUUCCAA